UGCAGGGAUGCAAAAACCUGGAUGGCAAGCUGCCAUCCCAGAAAUAGCACCUCUAAUAACUUACAACAAAGCCCCUGCUGGAUCAGUGUUGUGUGACAAUGUGAUAUCACAGCUACUUUAUAGGAGGUACUUUUGGCAAGGAGUUAUAUAGUAAGCUUAUAGGACUGUUGUCACUCUGUGACACUCUGAAGCCUAGAAUGUGCGUUGAGUCAGUGUGAAGCAAUGGAAACAGCUAUAAGCAUGGUUGAGAGCUCUUUUUGUUUAGCAUAUCACAAGGGUCAAUCACCACUGGGAUUUGCAGUCUGUUGCCAUCCAGUUCUUAGCUUUUUUUUUUUUGCCUUUUUACACUUUACAAAUUACACCCAUGCGGCCUCAUGGGCUUCAUCGGUAAUAGGAUAUGCAAUCUAGGUAUAUAUAGGUAAUAGGAUAUGCAAAAUAAUGUUGCAGACAUAGAAAAUGAGAUAAGUCAGGCCAACAAAAACAUACAGACUACUGCACUCACAUUACUCCAAUUUUUGGAGACAGUUGUGCUGUAUAGAUCUGUCCAUCUUUUAGUUGAUCGAUAUGGUGAGUGUAAACCAGUGUGAUCCUCAAACUGUGUAUAGACCAGCUCUAACAGACAGCUCUAAACUUGUCUUCACUACAGAUAUAUAUUGGUAUAAUUAUGCCAGCAGUAACUUUCCUCAUGUCAACAGGUCCCACACGUUCUUUAUUUUUUUAAAAAAAAAGAUGAAAACCCUAUGGAUACAAAGAAAAACUGCUGAAUCCUGAAUGUGACCUGAUGCACUGCUGAAUUCCUGAGAUUGCAAAAUGGUAGCCUGAAGAAAUAGUUUUGCGAGAGAACUACACCCAUUCUUGUCAAUGGGGUGUUUUGUCUGGAAGGAAAAGCUUAAUGUCGGUAACAUGGGACAUCAGGUGAUAAUAUUUGACAUUUCUGUCGUAAGAGGCUUCUGGGAAACUCAAGUCAAGAAGUAUAAAGAAACUCAAAAGAAGGAGAAGGAAAGAUUAACACAAAGCUCAUUAGAGAAGAUAAAGCAGGAAUGGGACUUUGUACUAGAGUGCAGAAAGAAAGGCAUUCCACAAUCUGCAUACAUAAAGAACGGUUUCGUAGAUACCACUGAGAAGCUCUUGGAUAAAAUUGAAAAGAACUCUCAGCUCUGUAAGAAGAGUACUUUGUCAGAUGAAACAGACAAAGAAAGAAGCAAGUUUAUUUUUCAACUUUCUGGAGAGCACUGGACGGAAUUUCCAGAUUCACUGGAAGAACAGACACAUCUGAAAGAAUGGCAUAUCUACAAAACACAGAUACAAACCAUUCCAGCCUACAUUGCCCUGUUUCAAGAGCUGAAAAUAUUAGAGUUAUCAAAUAACCAGAUCACACAUCUUCCAGUUGAAAUUGGUUGUUUAAAACAACUGAAAGAACUCAAUAUGAGUUUUAAUAAUUUGAAGAGCAUCCCUCCAGAACUGGGAAACUGUGAGAAUCUGGAAAAACUGGAUUUGGCUGGAAAUCUAGAACUUACAGAGCUCCCAUUUGAAUUAAGUAACUUGAAACAAGUCACAUUUGUGGAUGUGUCAGCAAACAAGUUCCCCACUAUUCCAAUUUGUAUACUCCGGAUGUCAAGUUUGCACUGGCUGGAUAUUAGCAACAACAAACUGAAAGAUCUCCCACAAGAUAUAGACAGGCUCGAUGAACUGCACACAUUUCUCCUGCAGAAAAACAAGUUGACUUAUCUUCCACGAGCUUUGCUCAAUAUGCCAAAGCUCAGUUUGCUGGUGGUUAGUGGGGAUGAUCUGGUCGAGAUACCCACAGAUGUUUGUGAAUCACCCACAGGUUUAAAAUUUAUAAGCCUUAAGGAUAAUCCUCUUGAAACAAUCUUGUAUCACAAUACCGAAGACAUCAUAGAAAGUGAACGUGAUCGAGAGCAAUUUGAGAAAGAAUUUAUGAAAGCUUAUAUUGCAGAUAUAAAAGAAAGAGAAUCUAUGCCUUGCUAUACUACAAAGGUAUCAUUUACUCUCCAGCUCUGAAGAUCAGAAAUCUCUAAGACACUGAAGGAUACUAGAAAAACUCUAUUUUUGUCUAUGUGAAUGGAAAAUAUUGAUAUCAUGGAGAGUCAUAAGCAGCUCUUAAAUAAUGAUCACAGAAUUUCUUAUUUGUUACCAUACUUGUUUUCAACAGCUAUGGACAAAAUUUCAAGGACUAAAUAGUUUUCAUCAGAUGGAAUUUCACUUUUUAAAUUAACAUUUAUUUUCAAGUCAACAGCAACAAGCAUUAAAUUAUACACUGCUAAGGCACUCAUCAUGCAAACCCUUAUACAUGUGCUGUACUUCACAACUGUGAAUAGUACUAUUGAAAUCAAUGGGGUUACAGUAGUAAAGUUAAGCAGGUAUAUGUUUGUAGGAUAGGGGCCUUAAACGAUAUCUGGUUUACAUUCUGUUGCGGUUCACGAAAAAAGAUUUGUUCCUGUGCAAACAGUGGAAGUGUUAAUGCUUUAGAAAAUGCAUGCGAUCUAUUAUAUUUUAAAGACCAAAUGACUAAUUCAAUUGUUUGCAAUAGUUCUUAAUGGUAGGUUUAAAUAUGUUGUUUAUGGGUGAUGUGUUUACUUUCUGCUGUUCAGAAAGGUCCUUCUCCGGUUUUUCAGUUUAAAUAAAUUCCAACACGUAGACACUCAGUAUCGAGUCUGUGAAAAUAAUGUUGCUUUUUCAAUGAUAUUACAAGCAUUUAAAUUAUCAUAAAUAUUAGUACAUAGGUGAAUGGAAUUUUUGCAGUAAGCAAUUUUUAAAUAAUAGUUUGGCAAUGGCUUAAUACGACUUUAAAAGAAAAAUAAUCUCUGGGAAGAAGUUUGAAUGAAUAAAACAUCAUGAAAAUAUUUAAAAACCAAGCACUUUGACUAAUAUUGAUAGUUCUGAAUUACAGUAUUUUUGUUGGCAUAACAAUGACUUUUUUUUUUGUAAUGUAAAUGCCUUAGUUUUAUAAGUAGGAUGAUUUUGCUGGUUAUGGUAUUUGUUUUGCUUGUUUUGUAAUCUGUUAUACAUAGUUCUGUAAGUGUACAUACUGUAGAAUGAUUUAGUUUUGCAUAUGAAUAUUUUUCAUGUAUUAAAUCAACUUUUAAUCUAAAAAUACUAAUUGAAACUUGAAGCCAUUUAAUUAAAAUCAUCCUAAACUGUGUAACUCUGAAUGGGGGAGAAACACGUAAUAAAGAGUAGUAACAUCACGAGGAUGACAUAUUAC